GCUAAAAAAAAUUCUGAUAACAUUUUGUUUAUAUCCAUUUAUAAAUAUUUGAAAACAGAAAGUGACUUUUAAUAAAUUUUUCGUAAGUGCACCAGUGAUCACGCGGCCCCAGUAAGUAAUUUUACUUCCUUCCUAUCACCGGUGCACACUUAACAUUUUGUUUAUUUCUUUAUUGCUUUAGACGAAUUAAUUCAGCUAAUUUGAAAAAUAAAAUAAAAGAUGUCAAGGAAAAAACAUGGUGAUCAAGAGAUCAAUGAAACACUUUGAAUGCUGAUCUCUUGGAUCUGUCCGAUUUUUGUGACUCAGAAGACGAUGAUGAUGUUGAUAGAGACAAGGAUUACAUUCCUUCUAGUAGUUGUGAUGAAGAGUCAGAUGUAGAAGUUGUUCCGUCCACAUCAACGAGUGAGGACAAAAUAAUAUGCAUACUUUGAACGGAACUCUGCUUGGGUCACGUAUGGAUUACAUUUUGCAAUUUUGAGACGGAAUAAAUUAAAAAAAAAAUGGAUUGGAAUGUUAUCAUUGUUUUGUAUGGUAAUUUUUCUUUUAUUUCAAUAUAAAAAGGAAAAAAACUUCCACCUGUUCACAUUGAACCAACUAGUCCUAUAUUUAGAACUAUUUUGUAUUAUUAUUAAGGCGUGUAAACCCCGUUCGCAAAAUUGUUGUAGACCGGUGUAAUAUGAAAAAAAUUUAUUAAUAAUAUAGGCAUGCUAAAAUUCAAACAACUUAUAUUAAAAUCAUUCUCAAAUAUAUGUACAUAUCUGACAUAAACUUAACAAAAGAGGCUAAAUUUAUGAUAUUGAGUUGAUUAGCAAAACCCCAACCAGAAGAAUGCAAUAGAUGAUACCAAGGUCUAGAGCAACACCAAUCACAUUUACAAUAAAGGAAUUUAUUAUAAGUAUGUAGUAUAAUAUAAUUUCACAUGUUUUCGGCAUUCAACUAAAUUAUGUACAACAUUAUACGUUCAGCUAAUUUUGGUAAGAUAUGUUACAUAUUGGCUGAUAUGUAUUUACGGUAUAAUAGCCCUGACAGACGACAGCGCUGAUAUGCAUUAGCGGGCUUAAUUUACAUUUAUUUGCGCAUUUGACCCAUGUUAAUGCAAGUUUGUAAAGCACAAGAAUUUCGUGCAUUUGGUUGAAUUUAUCAAAUUUGAGUAGGCAACACUGUUAUUUUACUUCAACUAUUGUGAAUUACACCACAAAGUGUCAGAUAUUUGAAUAUUCAAUUAAAAUAUGAAAAUGGCUUUAAGAAAUGUUGAUUUUUCGGAAAUUUCUAAAAACAUAUAUAAAAAUUACAAUAAACACGAAAAUAAUAUCAAAGAGCAUAGGGUAAAAACCUCAAUUAUAAAUCUGUCGAGUUUUUAUGAUGGUUAUCAACGUGAAAUUAAAGAUAUUAAUUCUGAAAUUACACCCUCCAAGGACAAUCCUACAGUAGCAGACUUCGCAGAUAUAUUCAAAGCAUUUGAAGAGUAUCCCUCAAAUUUACACAAGCCUAAACGCCUACCAAUAAAAGAGCAGCAACAGCGAAUGAAUUGUACAAUGGCGAGAGAUAUGACCAUAAUGGUUAAUUCACGUGAACAAUCACCAGGAAGCACUUCACUUCAAAAUAUCAGCUGUGCAACGGAGUUACCUUCAGCCUCGGAGAUCUAUAAUGUCUUUAAAAAAUUUCAGCAGAAACUUACACAAUUUCGAAAUGAAACACAGCAACAAGAAUGCGCUCAGUCUUUUGAAAAGAAAUUAGAUCAAUUAUGUGCAUUCGCGAAGCAGUUGGAUAAGCUAUGUCCAGCUGUAAAUAAUAUUGAACAAGCUUUCAAACCUGAGGAGGAAAAAAAAUUACAAAAUAUACUUGCUAACCUAGAAGAGCUUAAUUAUAUACGUGAAAAUCAAGAAAUAUUUACAAAUGGAACGCCAACAGCAAAUACACAGUCAGCGCGCACAGAAAGUUUUAUGAAUUUAAUCACCUAUUUAUUAAACACAGUUUCCAGCAUGUAAAACAUUUUAAAAUAUAAAAUAUAUAGAAAUGAUUGAUAA